AUGGCGAUGAGGCCGCCUACAGGCGGAAGCUCGUCUCCAUUAUCCUUUUACACGGCGAAUAAUUCAGAUGUUGAGGGAUCCACAACUGCGAGCAGUCCUGUACAAGGCUCGCCUUGUCCAUAUCGUGAUGCUCGACAGCUUCCGCGGGAGUUGAAGGCUCAUUGCCAAAUAUUUUUAGAAGAGCAGCUUUUUCAUCCAGUCCAUACGACUCGCGCAGAGAAACCGGAAUACCGACAAGUAUCCGCCCUGGCACUCGACUACCUUCGCAACUUGCUGGUAAUUGCUGGCCCUGUCAACGCGGGGUUUCGCUCCGCCUUUCAGUUUCAUGCAUCACCAAGGUGGAAGCGGCACUCACGCUUUGCUAGCCCUGACGUCGACAGCGACAUGUCGGAUGGAGACUCGGAUCGCGAUCAUGACCGUCUACAGGGGCGCAUGGCCAACGAAGGCAGUCUGUGGUCUCGGGGCCAAGAUCUCUGGGCUAUAAUCGGCUGGGCCUUGAACACGAGCACACUGUAUCCUCAGCGAUGGCGCCACUGGCGUGUUUGGCUCGAAUUCAUGCUGGAACUUCUCGAGACGGACUGGAUUGAGAGAGAGCGACAAGACGAGGCAAGCCACGCGGCCAAUGGGGGGGAGGGUGCUGCCCCAGUCGCGGCGCGGAAUGAGUCGAUGAUGGCAAUGUAUAUGGAGCAGAGCAUGGACGGACACGUGGCCCUCAGGCGGAUGAUGAAGGCCCUUUUUGCGGACGGCGGGUCGUUGUCGUCGUCUACCUUUCCCGAGGUGUUUGAGAAGGAACCGCGUGGCCCCAAUAAGGCGUCUAGGAAGAGGAAGAGAGAGCAAGUCCUCGACCUUCAGAACGACAAAUUCGCAGACUACUUGGACGACGAUUAUAUUUCAUCGGGUGUCUCGGAGCCGCCCACCCCUCAGAAACGCCGAGAUGGCAGAGACGACGAUACAACGGGGGUCUUGAGCCCCGGUAUGACGGAGUCGAUUGGCAUUCGUUUAAAAUUCUUCAAGCUCCUGUCUGGUGUGACGGCCGCUCUCCGCAAGCCGCGCGAGCUCGUCACUCUAUAUGAGGACUAUGUGCUUGCGAUAAAGAACCUCCCUCUUCCACUCUACUCACUUUACGUCACGCAAAGGGACAACCCGCUCCCGUCCGACAUCCACGUCGUCCUCAUACAGGAACUAUUUCGCCUCCUCCUGCCGCCAUUUUCCAAGAAUCCAGCAAAGGUCGACCCUCAAGGCGAGGCGGAUGGUCGACUUACCACGCUCAUGCUAGAAUGCUGCUACGUACCAAUGUCCGCUAAUACCGUGAGCUUGGAGGACAAUGCCAAACUUUCGCUGCUGAUUGAAAGUGCGAUUCAGCUCUUGUGGAUAUGUGACGAGAUGGAGUAUACAGACAGUUUCGGCAACGCUUGCGAAGUGGGUAUACAGGCGAGAGAAGCAAAGGCCAAGAAGAAACGCACGGGAAAGGCGCAUGCUGAAUCGGGCGAUGUCUCCGCGAGGGAUGUGCUGAUGCGGUCUGGAGAGAGGAUUCGAAUAUUGGUGCAGGCACUGAAGGAGACAAGUUUCAACGUGUGUGAUUAA